UUCCAAACCCACUGCCGCCCCAUAAAAAAAAGAGAAGGACAAGCUCCUUUGCUCGGGCAAAGAAAAAGGCAUUUCGUAUUUUCCCGAAUCAUUUCGAUAUCCUUCACACUUGAGAGUCGGACUUUCGAGGAAAAAAUACGGGCGGAGUCAGUCAGGGCGAAGAAGAGAUGCAUCGUCUCGUUCUUAGCAACCCUUUCGUGGCGGUUGUCGCACCGAUCCUUCUCGGUGUGCUGGCGCACAAGCUUCUGAGUAAGAGGAGAGCAAGUGCGCAAAGAGACGCGGAUGAUCAGCAUCCUGGUACGCCUAGUCCUCCGAUCCAGCCCAGCGGGAACGAUUUCGACGUGUUCUUGAGCUUUAGAGAUGUAGACACUCGAAGAGGCUUCACCGACUACCUCUACUGCAGCCUUAACGAUGUUGGAAUCCGUGUCUUCAUGGACGACAAUGAGCCCCGCUUGGGCGAGAGAUUGAGCGAAGAGCUUAUGCAAGCCAUUAGUAACAGCAAUAUUUUGAUCCCGAUUAUUUCUGAGAAUUAUGCUUCUGACAAAUGGUGCCUUCAAGAACUGGUUUGCAUGAUGGAGUGCCUAAAACAACGGGGACACAGAGUGUGUCCCAUAUUCUACAAAGCGAAAGUCGCGGAGGUGCGAUAUCAACAAGGUCGUUUUGAAGAGGCAUUUCGUAAUUACGAGCGGAGGCGUUUUGACCCAAAGGUUGUGGCCAAAUGGAAGAAAGCGCUUGCAGAAGUCUCUUGCUUGAAGGGAUGGGAAUCAGAGAAAGUUGCGGAUGGGAGAGAAGGAGAAUUGGUAAAAUUGGUUGUAGAAAAAGUUUUGAAAGAGUUGAAGAAAGUGAAGGAGUUGGUUGGUGAUGAUUAUUUGGUCGGAAUUGACAAUCCUGUGGAGGAGGUUAUGCAAUUGGUAAACAAGAAUGCUAGUGCUACCUUGCGUGUGGGAAUUUAUGGAAUUGAGGGCAUUGGUAAGACUACUCUUGCUAAAGUCAUAUACAACAAGUUGUCUGAUCUAUUUGUGCAUCGUAGCUUCAUUGCAAAUAUCAGGGAAUCGUGUGAAUGUGAUGGUAUUAAUUACUUGCAAAAUCAAUUAAUCUUUGAUAUGCAAAAAGAAAAAAAUCAAUUUUGUAAUUAUGACGAAGGAAUUGAGUGCUUCUUGUCUAGGUUUAAAGAUGAGAAAGUCCUCAUUAUUUUUGAUGAUGUGGAUACCACCGAUCAGUUAAAGGCUUUGGCUGGAAAUCCUAACUGGUUUGGCUCAGGAAGUAGGAUCUUUGUUACCACUAGAGAUGAGAGUGUUCUUGAUAAGGCCAGAGUGGACAUCAAGUAUGAGCAUAAGCAAUUGCAUGAAAAGCAAUCUCUUAUCCUUUUUUCUAGACAUGCAUUUCGAAGAGACUAUCCUCCAAGUGAAUUUUUAGCUCUAUCUCGUCUUGUUGUAUCUACAACAGAAGGGAUUCCCUUGGCUGUCAAGGAUAUAGGUUCAUUUUUGUGUGAAAAACCAUCACGGAUAUGGAGAGAAACAAUACAAAAGAUGCAAAAUAUAUCUCAUAUGGCAGUGCAAGAAAGGUUGAGGAUAAUUUAUGAAGGAGUGAGGGAGGGUCAAAGAAACAUGGAAGAUGUGUCUUCCGCGAAUCCUGCCAUGCCUAGUCCUUCCAUCUCGCCAAGCAAAAACGAUUACGAAGUGUUCUUGAAUUUUAGAGGUGUAGAUACUCGAAGAGACUUCACCGACUACCUCUACCGUAGCCUUGUUGAUGUUGGAAUCCGUGUCUUCACGGAUGACGAUGAGCUCCGCGUGGGCGAGAGAUUGAGCGAAGAUCUUAUGCAAGCCAUUAGGAACAGCAAUAUUUUGAUUCCGAUUAUCUCUGUGAAUUAUGCUUCUAGCAAAUGGUGCCUUGAUGAACUUGUUCAAAUGAUGAAGUGCAAGAGACGCUUAGGGCACAUAGUGUUACCUAUAUUCUACAAAGUGGAACCUGUAGAUGUGCGGGAUCAAAAGGGUCGAUUUGGAGACGCAUUUCAUUAUUUCGGGAGGCGUUUCGAUCAAAAGUUUACAAAGGAAUGGCAGCAAGUGCUGACAGAAGUCAGUUCCUUACAAGGAUGGCAAUUUGCUAACAGGCCUCUAGGAGAAUCGGUAAAAUCAAUCGUGCAAAAAGUUUUGAAUGAGUUGAAGAAAACGGUGGAGUUGGAUGUUUCUAAGAAUUUGGUCGGAAUUGAUAGUCAUGUGGAGGAGGUUUUGAAAUUAAUAAAUAGGAGUUCUGGUGCUACCCUAUUUGUGGGAAUUUAUGGAAUGGGGGGCAUUGGUAAGACAGCUCUUGUUAAAGUGAUCUACAACAAGCUAUUGAAUCAAUUUGACCAUUGUAGCUUCAUUUUAGACAUUAGGGAAUCAUGCAAUCGCAAUGGUAUUAGUUACUUGCAAAAUCAAUUAAUCCAUGAUAUAUUGCAAAGAGAUAUUCGAUUGCAUAACAAGGAUCAUGGAAUCCGCAUCAUCUCAUCCGAGCUUAAAGAUAAGAAAGUCCUCAUUAUUCUAGAUGAUUUAGACACCACUGAUCAGUUAGCAGCUUUGGCUGGAAAUCCUAAUUGGUUUGCACCAGGAAGUAGGAUCUUUGUUACCACUAGAGAUAAGAGUGUUCUUGUUAGGGCUAGUGUGGACAUCAAGUAUGAGCAUAAGGAAAUGGAUGAGAAGCAAUCUUUGAUCCUAUUUUCUAGACAUGCGUUUCGAAGUGACUCUCCUCCCAGUAAGUUUUCAGCUCUCACUGACAUUGUGGUAUCUAUAACGGGAGGGCUUCCCUUAGCUCUCAAGGUUGUAGGUUCAUUUUUGUGCGGAAAACCAUCAAUGCUAUGGAAAGAAACGAUACGUAAGAUGCAAAAUAUGCCUCAGAGGGCAGUGUCAAAAAAGUUGAUGAUAAGUUAUGAAGCAUUGGAGGAGGAUCAAAGACAAAUGUUCUUGGAUAUUGCUUGUUUUUUAAUUGGGAGUGACGCAAGAAUUGCAUGCUACAUGUGGGAUGCUUGUGGCUUUUUUGCGAGGGGUGGAAUUGAAGUACUGAGAUCUUUAUUGUUCAUAAGUGUUGGAGAUAAUCAUGAGUUUAGAAUGUAUGACCAAAUGAGAGAUCUAGGUAGAGAAAUUGUGCGUUCAGAGAACUACCACAACCCUCACCAACGUAGUAGAUUGUGGGAUUAUGAGGAAGCCUUGGCAGUGCUAGAGAGCAAGAAGGGAUGUGGAAGGAUUGAAGCCAUUUGUCUGGAGGAAGGCGACUCUAAUUAUAUAUAUGAUCAAGGGAGCUGCACAUUUGCGGAUGAACAAUUUAGAAACUUAUCGAACUUGAGGUUUCUUCACGAGUGAUGUGAAUCUUCGCGGAGAUUAUAGUGAUUCAUUUUCUCGCUUAAGAUGGCUCAAAUGGGGGAAGUGUGCCUCAAAUUUUGAAGCACACAACUUUCAUGCAAAACGGAAUUAGUCAUACUCGAUUUGUCGGAAGCUCGAUUUCAGAUGUCUGCAGGGAUGGCAUUCAAUGAUGAAGGCGGAAAAGCUGAAAGUUCUCAACCUCACAAGUUGCCAUUCCUUAAAAAGGACUCCUUACCUCUCAGCUUUCAAAAGAUUGGAGAUUUUGAUCCUUAGAGAUUGUAGCAAAUUGGAGCAAAUUGAUAAUUGUAUUGGAGACAUGGAGAAUCUCAUUUCCCUGGACUUGAGUGGAUGUUCUGGUCUUAAGAAGCUCCCGCUUCAAAUGGCUAAACUAGAACAAUUGAAGGAACUUCUUCUAGAUGAAACUGCGAUACAAGAAAUACCUUCCUUCAUCGGUUCUCUAAAGAAGCUAGAGAUGCUUAGUGCCAGGGACUGCAAAUCAUUAAUUGGAUUUCCGGACUCGGUAAGCAGUUUGGUGACUUUGUCAACCCUUGUCUUAUCAGGUUGUGUUGAGCUUGCAACACUUCCACAUAGCAUUCAGUUCCUUGAGAAUUUGCGGUGCUUGUCAUUGAGAAGCUGCCAACAAUUGAGAGAGAUUCCCAGCUGGAUUGGCAAUUUGAAAUUGUUGACUCAAUUGGACUUGAGUGGAUGUUCGCGUAUUCAGCAGCUACCACCUCAAAUUGGUGAACUAAAACAAUUGAAGGAACUUCUUCUAGAUGAAACUGCAAUACAAGAAAUUCCUUCCUUCAUCAGUUCUCUAGAGAAGCUAGAGACACGGAGUGCCAAUAAUCGCAAAUUAACUCUUUAAGCUGUUUAGUGAAUUUGUCGACCCUUGUCUUGUCAAGUUGUGUUGAGUUUCCAGAUUUCUUGAUAGCAUCGGGUUUCUUGUGAAUUGCUUAUCAUUGGGAUGUUGUGAUGGGUUGAGAGAGAUCCCAACUUAAUUGGGAAGUUGGAAUUGUUGACUUAGCUAGACUUAUCACGGACAAGGAUCACAGAAUUGCUUGAUGAAAGUUCUGGAUCUCGGUAACAAUAGCAUAGAAAAUCUGCCAGGUGGUAUUGGAAGGUUGAAAAAGCUCUGAGAGUUAUAUGCAUGAUGGUGCUCGAAUUUGGGAGGGGAAUACCAAUCAUACAUAAUCUUUCUUCUUUUAAGUCUAGUGCAUUUUGAUUUAAUGCCCAAUAAUCUGGAAUUCUUGUGUAUUUUUAUUCAAAUGGGUGAUUUAUGAUUUAGGUUUUUUUCAUGAUGAAGUGGAAGAUGCAAUAUCAUUUCUGGUCUCUGCUCAUGGUGAAGUUUAGGAUUGUAUUGGUGAUGUUGAUGGUAGUGUUGUCUGCCCAGCUUCCUUAAAUGGCGCCCUAUCUGCUGCCGAUGCUUGGAAGAUUGUUAGAAGUAGCAGUAUUGAAUAACUUUUGUCAGAAUAUUUAAAUAAUAAAUCAUAUUUUUAUUUAA